AAACUAUUGGCGUCACAAAUCAUGCUCAAAAAUCACUUGGUGAUAUUGUUUAUGUCAAAGUACCUGAAAUUGGUACUGUCAUCAAACAGUCAGAACAUUGUGGAGCUGUAGAGAGUGUUAAAGCAGCCAGUGAUAUUUAUACUCCUGUAAGUGGAGAAAUUGUUGAAGUUAAUGAAAACAUAGUAGAAUUGCCUGGACUAAUAAACAAAAGUCCUGAGGCUGAUGGUUUGGAAGAGUGGGCCCAAACUCAAAUACGAAAAAAUAGGUUUGAGCCCUAG